CCAUUGUCUAUUCCAACUCCGCCAUCUUAUCAAAUCGAGGUCGUCAUUUAUGUGUGGUGGGAAUAUUUUCAUAAAUUAGUGAAUAUAUAAAAUAAGAUAGUGGUUAUUAUUAGAAACUGUCUUAAAAUAACAUCGGGCAAUGUCGGAUAAAAAGCGUUUACUGAACGAUCUCAGGGUAAUCGAUUUACGUGCAGAAUUAGAGAAACGCAACCUAGAUAAAAGCGGCGUUCGCGGUGUGCUCAUACAACGUUUGUCUAAGCAUUUGGAAGAAGAAGGACAUGACCCAGCUACUUUCAAGUUUGAGUUCACUGUAGAAACGAAAACGCCUUCUAAAAGGACAAGACGGUCUGAAAGUACGGUGGAGCAAGAGCCAGAGGAUACUCCGACCAUGGAGGAUAUGAUCGUACAAGAUGAUGCUGGUGAAGAGGAGGAAACUGAGCAGCCAGAGGCGAAAAAGAUCAAAUCCAGCCCCAAAUCCGAAGGCAACAUGGAUGUUGAGGAAAGCGAGAAAGUAAAUAGAAAAAGGGAAUCUAAAGAUGAACCUGAAGCCAGUCAGCCUAAAAAAACCUGUAUUGACAAAGAAAGGAAUGAUGAUGACCAUAAAACUGAGAACAACACAGAUGCUGAGGACAGCAUCAAUUUAGAUCUGGGUGAUGAUGAACUACUAAAUGAGGAGGCUGAAAAUCAUACAAAGAUUACCAAAAAAGAUGACGCGGCGGAGGAGGAGCAGGCCGAGCCGGCGAGCGACAAGUCUGCGCCUGCCGACACUGCGGCGAACGGCGACGACGAGCCUGCCGACGACACACAUCAAGUAAACGCCGAAGUCCCCGCCACUAGUACUGAGGGUGAAAAACAUGACAAAGAAGACAAAGAUGAAAAAGACAAGGAAGCUGAUAGUGACAAAAAAGAGAAAAAGGAUGAAAGUAAGGAAGGUGGAGCUAGAAACCUUUGGGUCAGUGGUCUUUCUGGAGACACCAGAGCUAAGGACUUGAAGCAGCUGUGCAGUAAACAUGGAAAGGUAAUUGGAGCUAAAGUGGUGACUAAUGCUAGGACACCUGGAUCUCGAUGCUAUGGCUAUGUGACCAUGGCAAGUGCUCAGGAUGCUGAAAACUGUAUUAAGAACUUACAUAGAACUGAAUUACAUGGACGUAUGAUCUCUGUUGAGAAGGCUAAGUCUGAGUCGGAAUCGUCAUCACGACGACAACCGACCCGCUCUGAGCGACGCUCCAGUAAAGAACGAAAGGAAGAACAGAAAGAUAAUGAGGAAAGUAAAGAAGGUAUUGAAAAUAAUGGGGAUGUUAAACCGAAGAAGGACAGUGAAUUAUCAGGCGCAGAAAGUACCAGGUCGACAUCACGCACGCGGGAAAAGUCACAUCGCUCUGACAAGGAACGCGUCAGACGAAGCACUAGAAGUCGAGAGCGUCGGCGUUCCCCUAGGGAGGUUCUCUCGUUUUCUAAAAUCUGGAAGGAGCGCGACGUGGCGCGCGCGCGCGAGCGCUCCCGCGCCGCGCGCGAGGAGGAGCGCCGCCGCCGCGCCGCCGAGCUCGACCUGCGCGAGCGCGAGCGGCGCCAGCGCCAGGAGAAGGUGCGCCUCGCGCUCGAGCGGGAGAAGCUGCGCGCCGAGAGAGAAAAAAUUGAGCGUGAGAAGAACGAACUUCUUCGCUUAGAACGCGAGCGACACAGAUUGGAGCGAGAGAAACUAGAACUGGAAAGGCUAGAACUAAAGCGCGCUCAAUUAAGGCUGGAGGAGGAGCGGCGCAAGCGCGGCUACGAGGGCGGCGCGUACCGCAAGGCGGGCAGCCCGCCGCCAGAGCCCGCCUACGAGCGCGACGCCAGGCACAAGCGGGCCCCGCCGCCUGCACUCGUACAUGUCCGGCAGUCGUCGAGCCGCGGGCAGUUCGAGGCCCCGCCGCCGCCGCGCUUCGACCUGGCCGCCAACUACGAGCGCGGCGCCGACAAGCGGGACCGCGACCGCGACUACAAGCGCGACUACCCCAGACAUGUCUCCUCUGCCAACAUGAAAUACUCAAGUAACGGUGGAACGAGCGAAGACUCGCGACAACCUAUGCCUCCUGGUACAAGGCCAAAGGAGCCAAGCCGCUCGUACGAGUCCCGCGACACUCGCUCAUACCGCGCCUCUCCGCCGGGCAAGCCGGAGUCUCGCAGCUGGAACGCCUCCAGCCGCUACCCAGACGCCGCGCCCGCCUCCAAAGGCAGCAACGGUGGUGGGGGAGGCGGUGAGGCGUGGGCGGCGGGUGAGACUCGCUACGGCGGCUACGAGGCGCGCUACGCGCCGCAGUACCAGCCGCCGCCGCCCGGCGUGCCCUACCCCGACCGCUACGCGCCGCCGCCACGCGACUACCCGCGGAAGUACUAGCAGCUGCGUGGUGCCACCUGAACAGGGUGCUCCACUACUAAGUGCACGUGUUUGUUUCGUAUACUAGGAGUGAAUGAUAUUAUUUCAGAAUGAUGUAAACUUUCUUAUACCUUUAGCUUAGUGGGAUAGUGUCUAUCCCUGAAUGUUUGCACUCGUUUUAUUACGUAAUGUGGUAAUUAUCAGGUGAAGUAUGCACUUGUAAUGUCAUAACAAGUGGCUUUUUAUUGAAGAGUGAUGAUAGUCUAUAGCUGAAUGACCAAUAGCACCAAUAAGACGAAUAUAAUUCUCAUUCCUCUCGUGAAAAUGUUAUUAAUUUGAGUUAAUCUAUUCAGAUUUGGUUACUUUUUUGUGUCUCGUAAUUUAUGUUCAAUCUUGUUUCUCGUCAUAUAAUGUUUAUUUUAUAAAUGCAAGUUUUCAAUUAUUUUAUCAUGUAAAACUUGACCAAAAUUAGCAAAGAUAAAAUGUACAGUCAGUUGUCGUAUAAAGUUAUAACACUUAAAUGUUUGUACAAAGUAACAUUGGGUACGAUAGAUUAGUACUAGGUACAUUGUAUUGUUUAAAUAUUAUGUAAAAAUAAUAGCAUAAAAUAUUAUAAGUAAACAUAAUUAUAAAUGGG